UGAAUAGUUCAAAUGCAGUAAUUUUUCCAUGACAGAUUGCCUCAUGUGUUUAACUGGUCGUCUAACCAAGUAUCGAUAAGAACUCCCCGGUCUAUCGCCAAGUGUUUUUAUCAAAUUUUGACGUUUAUUCUUGGUGAAAUCACAAAAAGUGCAGAGCUUUGCAAAAAGUAUGGUCUAGUCAAGAAUUCGAUAUCAGUAUGUACCCUCAAUCACUAAAAUAUUUACUAGUUAUACUAUUUAACCGUUCUCGAUUGUGCAGUGAAUAAUUUUUGCACCCUCUACCUGUAAAAAAUGGGUGUUAUUAUUGCAAAGUUUCGGAAAAGCCGGAGCACUGCAGAAGUCCUUACCAAAUUGGAAACGGAAAUCGGUUCGAUUGAAGAGUUCCAAACGAAGACUAGGCAGGCACAGAGGAAAAUUGUCUUCCGAUUUAUCAUUUUAGCCAUCGGCAUCUAUGCAUCUCUAGGGCUUUCGAUUUAUUUUCAAUUUUUCAAAAUCUCGGAAAAUCAAAAGCUGCUCUGGGUCAUACCUUUUGUAACAUCCCCAGUUGUUAUAGUCGUGAUCAAAAAGUUCCUAAGUUGGUACUACAAUCGCAAAAUAAGGAGAAAUGAACGAAAAUUAGUCUCUCUAAAGGAGCGGAAGAAGAAGAUACUGGAAAAUGUUAUGGAAACGGAGACGUACAAAGUGGCUAAAGAUAUUUUAGAUAAGUUUGGAAAUGAGCCGAAACUACCACUUCCGGCGCUACGCUUUAAAGACGCUACUCCGAUCGCUGCAUCAAGCCAUAAAGGCCCUCAAUUUGGAGUGCGGCAAAGAAACAUUGCUGCUUUAAAUACGAGUGCUUUAUUCAGUGGCUCUGCAGACACUUCUUUAGCUGUACGACAAUUAGCGAUAUCAACCCCAGUAACUGGAAGAGUGGUGAUGCCCAGAAACGCUUUAGCAUUGAGUCCAGCUGGGCCCGCAUUACCCAGAGGAAUCCUCCCGCCAGAACGAUCGGUUUUGGAUAAAAUCGUGGAAUAUUUGGUGGGAGAUGGACCGUCGAACCGAUAUGCCUUAAUUUGUAGUAAAUGCAACAACCAUAAUGGCAUGGCGCUGAAAGAGGAAUUCGAAUACCUGGCGUUUCGCUGUUGCUACUGCAACCAUAUGAAUCCAGCGCGCAAAAUGCGUCCGGCAGGUCCAAACGUUAAUUUUCCUUUAAUGAUCAAAUCACAUGAUGCUGAUAAACAGGAUGAAUCUUCCAAUUCCGGCGGGAAUUCAGAGAGUGAUUCAGACUCAGAGAAACAAGACUGAACUCGUUUUUUCUUUUGGUUGCAUUUUCUUCGCAGCCAAAUAUUUCAUUUGUUUAUUCGGAAAGUCUAUAACGUAGUAAUUUAUUCAGACGAAUUCUUAAAGCUUGAUUUCGAUAUCCAAUAAAGGGCCUACAAUUAGCAUCGUCAAGCAAUAAAUAUUUCUGCCAAUUAUGCUUAAUUAUAACUGUAUCUAGGUGAAGUCACAGUUACGACAGUUAGCUCAUUAGGGGUUUUAGUUUUCAAUAUUCCUUGUCCUGAUUGUGUUUAUGUUUUAAUUUAUUUCUUUUUGUGUGUCAUUUUUACUAAAACGUGUGUUAAAUGUAAAUACGGAAUAUUUGCGGUCGAUUAUUCGUUAGAAAACUUUAAGCUAGACUAUUGAUUUAACAAAGUCUAUUAACCAAAGUUUCAUUUUAUGUUUUAUUUCCAUACUUUGAGACAUACGUUUUUUUAAUGGCUCUUUAACAGAGUUGAAAUAAUCCCGAAUAAUUAUGUUAAAUCAGUGUUUAGGUUCAGGUUUUUUGACUAACGUCUUUUUUUGCAUUCACUAAUUCGGUUCAGGUUUUGUAUAUACCGGAUUGUUAAUAAGAUUAAUAUAAGCUUUGUCACUGAGUAAUAAUAA